UUCGUCAGUCUUCGCAUUUGCAACUUGAUUUGGUUUAGUACCAAUUAUUCAAAGAAUUGUGUUUGAAAUUGUGAUAUGUUUCAAUUAAUUAUGUCGGUUUAUGUAUUCACGAAUAUUUAAAAUCGAUUUGUUUCAACAUCUGUCAGGUUAUAGUAAUGAGUAAAGAUGUUUGGCUACAGCAAAGAAGCAGUUAGAGUGAAAGUCAAGAAAUGUGAAGGGAAACUACAACCAGAGCUAAGGAAAUUUUCUGUGGAUCCACAAAUAACUUCUUUGGAAGUUUUACAGAGCAUUUUAAUUAAAGCAUUUGAUAUUAAGUCUGAUUUUACACUGUCAUAUAGGACAUUUGAUGAUUAUGGACAAGACAUUUAUUUACCACUUCUUUCUGAUUGGGACCUUGAUGCUGCUUUUCUCAAGGCUCAUAAUAUAGCUCAAACUCAGAGAUCAGAGCCGUGUGUUCAACUCAAAGUGGAUAUGAAACCUUUUGCGGAGGCGUCAGAAGAUUGGGAGCCUCCAAACAUUAGCCCAACAACAGUAGCACCACAACCAAACAAAGAACAACCAACUGUUUGUCCAGCUCCACAACAAAUUGAAAAACAAGAAUCACAAUCUGGUUUUCAAGGGUUAAUUAUGAACCAGGUAGAGAAGACAUUCAAUAUAGUAUCAAGGGCUUUAAAUUUGUAUGAGGAUCCUAACACCCCUCCUCGAGCACCACUCAAUGAUAUUGAGUUCAGGUCGUUCCUGGAUGCAGUGGGUCAAAUAACAAACACUUCAAAGUUACGAGAGGUCAUAUAUUGCGGUGGAAUUGAACCUAGCUUGAGAAAAGUAGUAUGGAAGCAUAUUUUGAAUGUGUAUCCCGAAGGUAUGACCGGUAGAGAACGGAUGGACUAUAUUAAGAGAAAAGCCAAUGAAUAUUAUGCGCUUAGAUCUCGAUGGAAAGACUGCAUUCAGAGAGGAAAGGUGGACGCUGACUUAGCUUACGUUACAAGUAUGGUGAGAAAAGAUGUCCUACGAACGGACAGACAUCACAACUUCUACGCUGGAAGUGAUGAUAAUCAAAAUAUUGCCUCUCUUUUUAACAUUUUGACGACGUACGCACUAUAUCAUCCCACGGUGAGCUACUGCCAAGGAAUGUCGGAUCUGGCGUCGCCGCUGCUGGUGACGAUGGGCGACGAGGCCCACGCCUACAUCUGCCUCUGCGCCCUCAUGACUAGACUCUAUCCUAACUUCCUCUUAGAUGGCGAAGCUAUGACAUUAAAAUUCAGCCAUUUAACCGAAUCGCUACAAGUGUACGAUCCGGAUUUCUACAAUUACUUAAAAUCUCAACAAGCUGACGAUUUGUUGUUUUGCUAUAGAUGGUUACUGCUCGAAAUGAAACGAGAGUUUGCUUUCGACGACGCAUUAAGAAUGCUCGAGGUUUUAUGGGCUUCGUUACCGCAGAAAACGCCAUCGUUUGAAUUACCUCUCAAAGAGAAAGAGUUCAAUCCGACAAUAGAGGAGGAAAUAAACCCGCCUCCUCUGAGCCCGCUGGUCAAGGCUCCACGAGAAAACGCCUACACCAAAGUUUGCGCUAUCAGACGACAGAGCUCAAGCUUCAGUUUAGCGAACAUCAAAGCCCCAAAACUAGUUACGAUCAAGCAAACUAAUCACAGUUUAGAUGAAAACGUCACUCGUAAAGCUUUAAACAGCACCUCACUAAAACAUGCCAAAGAAUUUCAAAGUCUAGACGACGCCGUUCUGCACACACAAAAACCACAAAAUGAACUUCUUGAAUGUAUUAAAGAUGAAUGUAAGGAACAAAUUUUAAGCAAUAAAGACACAAAAUUGACCGUCAAAAGAAAUAUGUCAAGUGUACCAGAACAUGUCAGGUCUUCGGAGACACAAGCUGCAAGCGUUCACGAUUGGUCGAGUGAUGAGAACUUAGUGAACGGCACCGCACAUUCGGAUGUCAAGGAAACUCCGCUCGGAAGUCAAAUAAGGUUAUUACGGGACAAAAUAUCUAUUCAUAACAAUCGGUUCUUCUCAUCCUUAGAUAAACUUGACGACCAAACUGUCGCGGAUGCGAAUAAACCCAAGAUUAAGAUGAUAAAAAAUUUGAACGAAUUUCUAAACUUUGCUACGGGAACUAAAUCUGGAAACUUUAAACAAGAAAAACUCCAACGAACUCAAUCCAUUAUAGAUAGUAAAUCAUCGCAAGACUGUCCACGAAUUACUUUAACUAAGACUUCUUUCGAUGAACAUGAUUUAAAGACUCUCAGAGGCCACAAAACAUCCAAACCUUUUCAAUUGGAUACAAACGAUGGGAGCAGCCCAGACGACUCCCAAGAAUACUAUCCCAUGACGACUUCUAUGACAAGGGAACUGAGACUCGAACUGGAACAUUUAGAUCGACAAGUGUUCGGAUCAUCCUACGUGAACCGACGCAGCAUGAUCAGUGACUCUCCGUCUGAUUCUACCAGCACCGAGGAGAGACCCACUAACAACUAUACCGAGCUAAAGUCCGAAUGCAUUACCGCUUUAGAGAUACAGACAGAAAAUGUUGAACCAUAUGAAACAGCGAAAAAAUCACCAUUGUUUGAAACUAUUAAAUCGAAUGCGAGGAGUGCGGAGGAUAUUUAUCUAUGGGAGAAUCCUCUCCAUAGAAACACGCCGACGACUCGCACCACCGCCAGCUGCCCGCAGACUCCCGAUGAGCAGGCGGAAUUAGACUUCGACGGAGACACAGGGGAAAUAUUUGAAGAACAUUCCGGUAAAAAAUCCGUCACACCGAUACGACUGUUGAGGAAGAAUCAUUCCUUGGAAGCACAGGACGUAUCUCGCGACAAUCAUAAACAUUCCGAAGGACAUUCCAGCGAGACUGACUCCUCCGAGAGAGACGGCGUCGAGUCGACAAACACGGGAACCCUCAAGGACAGUGAAAAUCAAACCACGCCAAAUUCUAAAUCGCACAAAUUCUUUUCCAACAUGUCACAUGAACUGGAAAAUGCGAAAAAAAAUUGUGAAACUAUUCUGAUCGCUAAGCAAUCUAAUUUGCAUAGCGUGGCGUCCACGAUUAAUAAUUUUCAGAAGAAAUAUGAAGUGUUUAAGCCGCCGGUGCAAAGAGCCGUCUCGUGUUCGGGAAGCGGGGAGGGAUCUACAAAGAUAAGCAUCGGCAACCUGCCGGCGCCGACUGUGUUCGGGGGCGGGAACCCCUUCCUCAUGUUCCUCUGUCUAACGGUGCUGCUGCAGCACAGGGACUACGUGAUGAGGAACCGCAUGGACUACAACGAACUCGCGAUGCAUUUCGACAAGAUGGUCCGCAAACACAAUGUAAACAGGGUAUUGAACCAGGCGCGACAAAUGUACGCGAUAUAUUUGAAACAACAAGCGCAAAAGACUGGCGACACUUGAUUAGUAUUAUUUUAAGCACCGAGAUCUCUUCAAUUUGCUCAUAAGAACUUAAUGUAAUUAUAACAACUGUAGAGUAUAAGAUUACUUAUUUACUGAUAUCUCUAAUUACCGCCUUCAUUUAUCAAUAAUUGCUAUAUUUUGCAGUAUUAAUCUUUUUUGUUUAUUGUCUAAAAUUUAUUGAAACAGACUUCUUCGUUUUUUUUACUUUGUGUUACAAAAUAAUAGGCAUGUUGACAGCUCUCUUAAACAUUUAUGAGAAUUAGGGUACUCAGGGAUUCUGGUAACAAACGUAACCAAGUAAAAAAAAUAAGUUCUUAAACACGAGUGUUACUAGUACUGGCAAAUUUAACUCGUUUAUAUACUCCAAAGAUAUAAUUGUGAUAUUACCUGCAUUUAUUUAUAAUUAUGUAUAAUUUAAAACAAUAUUAUGUACAGUAAAAUUAUUGCACAAUUCAAGUAACAUUAUGAAAUUCUUUGAAUAUAUAAAACAAUGCUUAUAUUGUUAUGUUUUAUUGUAAAGUAUUUAUUAAAUCGAGAUUAUUGUUAUUCCAUGUAUUCCAGGAUUUAAAAAAAUGUAAGCUUCUGAGGCUUCACAGUUAAUAUUUAAGCCAGCGCGUAUCUUCUCAAACUUUUAUUCCGUUUAAAAUAGUACUUUUGU